AUGUUGGAAAAUAGCUUCCUGGACAUCCAUCAGAACACACUGGCCAGGGACGCCCACCAGAACACGCUGGCCAGGAACGCCCACCAGAACACACUGGCCAGGGACGCCCACCAGAACACACUGGCCAGGGACGCCCACCAGAACACACUGGCCAGGGACGCCCACCAGAACACACUGGCCAGGGACGCCCACCAGAACACGCUGGCCAGGGACGCCCACCAGAACACGCUGGCCAGGGACGUCCACCAGAACACGCUGGCCAGGGACGUCCACCAGAACACGCUGGCCAGGGACGUCCACCAGAACACGCUGGCCAGGGACGCCCACCAGAACACGCUGGCCAGGGACGCCCACCAGAACACGCUGGCCAGGGACGUCCACCAGAACACGCUGGCCAGGGACGUCCACCAGAACACGCUGGCCAGGGACGCCCACCAGAACACGCUGGCCAGGGACGUCCACCAGAACACGCUGGCCAGGGACGCCCACCAGAACACGCUGGCCAGGGACGUCCACCAGAACACGCUGGCCAGGGACGCCCACCAGAACACGCUGGCCAGGGACGCCCACCAGAACACGCUGGCCAGGGACGCCCACCAGAACACGCUGGCCAGGGACGUCCACCAGAACACGCUGGCCAGGGACGCCCACCAGAACACGCUGGCCAGGGACGUCCACCAGAACACGCUGGCCAGGGACGUCCACCAGAACACGCUGGCCAGGGACGCCCACCAGAACACGCUGGCCAGGGACGUCCACCAGAACACGCUGGCCAGGGACGUCCACCAGAACACGCUGGCCAGGGACGCCCACCAGAACACGCUGGCCAGGGACGCCCACCAGAACACGCUGGCCAGGGACGUCCACCAGAACACGCUGGCCAGGGACGUCCACCAGAACACGCUGGCCAGGGACGCCCACCAGAACACGCUGGCCAGGGACGUCCACCAGAACACGCUGGCCAGGGACGCCCACCAGAACACGCUGGCCAGGGACGUCCACCAGAACACGCUGGCCGAUAAUGUUGCACCCUCUUUGUCUUCGCUUUGUGAGGCUGAAUCCUGCCUCAUCUACAAAGAUGAAAUCACACAAGGUGUCACUGGCAUCAAGCUGGAGUAUUGUCUGGAUGAGAUUUGA